AGUUCAGCCUGAGCAGCUGCUGGAGCUACAAAGUCUUUUUUCCUCUUCUGUCAGGAUGGGUGCAAUACGGCUUCCCAACUUGUCUAGGAUCCUGUGUUUUUCUUUUCACAUUAUUCUCAUUCUGCUUCAACAGACUACUGCAGCACGAGAACUGAAGUUUGUGGUUGUACUUUUCCGACAUGGUGACCGCACACCAAUUGUAAACUUUCCAACUGAUCUACACAAAGAAAGUGAAUGGCCCCAGGGAUUUGGACAACUCACCAAGACUGGAAUGCAGCAGCUAUUUGAACUUGGACAGUACAUGAGGAAACGAUAUUCCAGCUUCUUGAACAGCACAUAUAACCGGCAAGAGUUUUACAUCCAAAGUACAGAUUAUGAUCGUACCAUUAUGAGUGCCCAAUCAUAUCUUUCUGGCCUCUUCCCACCAACUAGCAGCCAAAUUUGGAACCCUGAACUUCUCUGGCAACCCAUUCCAGUUCAUGUUUUUCAAAAAACAACAGAGCAGAGGCUGAAUUUUCCUCUGCCCAACUGUCCUCGUUUUGAUGAACUUCAGCAUGAAACACAAACAUCUAAAGAAUUUCAAAAUAGAAUACAACCAUACAUGGAUUUUUUACAAACAAUGGCAGUUAACACAGGGCUUGAACUAAAUCACCUUAAAAUACUGGACAAUUUCCAGCUCUGGAAUACAUAUGAUACUCUACAUUGCGAGGAUAUUCACAAUUACACUCUCCCUGUAUGGGCCACUGAAGAUGUAAUCAACAAGAUGGAAAAACUGGCAGAAUUGUCCUUACUCUCAUUAUUUGGUGUUUAUAAAACAGAAGAGAAAUCACGAUUACAAGGAGGUGUCCUUGUGAAUAUUAUUUUAAACAGUAUUAAACAAGCUGUCAACUCUUCAAAACCAAGAAAAAUGGAGGUCUACUCUGCACAUGACACCACAGUGGGGGCCCUCCAGAUUGCUCUCAAUAUUUUCAAUGGAAAACUGCCACCAUAUGCUGCUUGCCAGAUUUUUGAACUCUACCAAGAAAGCAACGGGCAAUAUAACAUCGAAAUGCAUUAUCGGAACGACACUUCAAAGGAUCCUUAUCUCCUCACUUUGCCAGGGUGCACCUCUUCUUGUCCACUUGAGAAGUUUGCUGAACUAGUUUCUCCUGUGAUUACAGAAAACUGGUCAAAAGAAUGUGGGAAGAAAGACAAAAUGAAAGAUAUUUUUAUUGGAUUUAAUGUUGCGGUUGGCUUGUUGUCCAUUUUUAACCUUGUACUGCUCUACCUCCUUUAUCAUUAUGGACGCUGCAGGCUCAGAAACAGCUACCAAGACAUUUAGAGUGGAAGUAAAGAAAUGAAAGAGAGAGCAGCUAGACAUCAAGGAAUACUUGAAGUUGCUGGUAUCCAACAGUUUGCUCUGGUCAGAAUAAUCUCCAAAGCAUAUUCAAUAAACCUGAACAGCUGAGGUAUCUGCAGCCUAGCUCCCAAAAUUCUACACAUCUGCAGUGAGAAAUACUGUAGAAAUACGUUAUUUUAGGAAUUACUGGAUGGAUGGAUGGAAUUACUUCAAUUUGUAUCUUUAUUCUACUAUUACUAUUAAUCAAUUUUACAUCAACCAGUCCAGUCAAUAGCAGGAAUGCUAUUGACUCCUCUUUUUUUUUAUAUUGCCUAUUACCAUUUAGCCCACUGCUGCUCAACAAGUCUUUCUUCAAAACUUCAUUCUGUAAUAUGUACCUUACUUCCUAUAAAUGGCUAUUUUGUUGAUGGAGAAAAACAGAUUUAGUGAGCAGAAGUUUCAAUUGCUGUAUGAAGAAGACUCAUACCAGCAUUUGGAGAUACUGUUCCCAUGUUUAUUUAUUCAAAUCUAUGCAUGAGUUUUGACCUUGGCCUUCAGCUAAUAAAAGUCUUCAGCCUGCUCCUUACAGGAGUUAGACUACUGUAGCUCUCACUGAAAUUAGUAGAGCUGGGAUUAUCUCUGUCACAUAUCCAGGUACCAAGCAAGAAGCUUGCAACAGCAUCUUAGUCAGUGUCUGUAACUUUAAUAAUAUGGAUAAGUAAAUACAUUAAAAUCUGUUUUCUGUUUUCCGAUUUUUCUGAAUAUUCUCCCAGUCAUGAAUGAUCCUUUGCUCUGCAUUUCUUUGAACCACUCUUAGAACAAUUCCUCAAGCUACCACUCUUUUCAUUAUCUUUUAUUUUAAAUCACAAUAACUCCUUUAACUCCUUGCUCUGUUCACAAUCCUAUAUAUUAGCAAGAUGUACACUAAAAGAAACCAAUGAUUCUGCUUUUUGUAUGUUGAUCUCUUCUGUGCAAUUUAUUUUGUUUAGAUUGUAAGCUUCUAAUGUCAGGGAGUGUGUUUCUGUAACUGCUCUUGAGUAUUCCAAACUAUAUACAUAAUAAGCACUAAUACUACUUAUUGUCAUAUGUUUCAAGACUGAAUCAAGACUUUUUCAUUCUGUAGCCCUGCAGUGGAUAGGGUGAAUGACAAUACCAUGGAGAAGUAUCUUUAAAACUCAAGACAACCAUACAAACAGGUGCCAACAGCAGGGUCAGCACAACAGAUAUAAUAUGUCCUGUUGAGAUUCAGAAAGAGAGAAAGCUGAGAGAUGGGGAAAAAGCUGAUGUCUGCUUAGCUCAGACAUAGCGUCACAGCAGUGUGAAUACACUGCUUCUGGACUGACUUUCACACACAUUCUGUGGGUUGCAAUGUGGAGCUCAGAAGCCUCAAUAAGCUAUCACUGAGAUAGUGAUCUAGAGAUCAGCCCUCAAUAUUACAGCUGAAAUGUGAUAGAAUUAUAUAUUAAUUAUGUUAAUAUUAAUGAUAUUAAAUACCAUAUAUUAAAUACAUAAUAUAUCAUGAUAUUAAAUAUUAUAUAUUAAAUAGCGUAAGUCAGAGUAACAAAUGCUUGUGAGAAUAUAACACUUCCAAAAGGUAUUUCUUGUAACAACUUCAGUUACUGAACUGUACACCUUUUGAAAAUUAUUUCUCACUCAGUAAAAACUUGUAGUAAUAUCCACAACAUAUCCCUUUUAUUUAUUUUAGGAAAUAUCAUAAUCAACUGGUGGAUUUGAGUCUUAUAUGUUCAGGAUUUUUAUUGUAUAACAAGUUGACGCAAAACUGUCAAAAAGGUGAAAAGCUGUCCCUAAAUCAGACAGUUCAGAUGUACAAUCUUCAGCCUGUAACUAGUCAUUUUGAUCCUCAUGCAAAAACUUGAGGGAAUAUCUACAUUGCAGUCAAAAGUAUUAAAGCAGCUCUAAGAAACAAGCCUGAGGUAGCUUGGUUACUAUUAGAAGUGUACUCACAGUGGAAAAAAAAAUUCAGAACAAACAGCAAAACUUUUCUUGGCUCCUGUAUCUGCAUAUAUAUAUAUAUAAAUAUAUACACAGUCAGUGGUUACCUGAUACUGAGCUCUGCAUUACCACAGCCAUAAUGCUGCUGGCACCCACUUAAGGAUAAAUUAUGUUUUUUAUUAGAGGAAGUCAGAUACUUGACAAAUGAAGAUGUAUUGACUGAUAAUGUGCAGUAAGAACCAGUUUUGAAAUAUUAGAAAAUCAGUCAAUUGCACUCCUCAAGAAUCAGAAUGGGAUGUGUUUUUCCAAGAUUGCUUCUUACUAAAAGAAGCAGAUUCAGACAGAAAGUAAAAUGUGAAGUGUCUGAGACAUCCUGCCUGGUUUAUGCUGCUCAAGCCUAAGCUGUAAGAAUUUCAAAAGAUAAGGCAAUUCUUUUUGCAUCAGGAGCUGUCAGGAAGGAGUUUUAUUGUAGGGACACCUUUCUGUUAACAGAUAGUCAUACUUGAAAAUGCAUAUGCACUUUUAGAAAGGAUCCAGUGAACACAAGUCACAGAGAAUGUGAUGACAAGUUCAGAUGCUGUAACUUCAGAAUAAAUGAGUGUACAUUAAAGAUGUAGUAACUUAGUGAAGUAGGCCCUGAAUCUCACUUAUAGGAAAGAUGUUUUGUCUUGCUGUGUUUAAAUCAAGUGAAAUUUCUCCAGUGGAGUAAAAGAUUGUACAUGUAGACGAGUUCAUAGCUUUUUUAUUUUUUCAGCCAUAUUCACAAUUUGCUUAGUAUAAUCUGCAGACUGUUCAUGAUUAGAAAAUAUCUUGUCUCCAACCAACUUGUGGCACUGCAAUAAAGUACUUUAAAGAAACAA